CAUUCCCACCUACUCACUACGGAAGAUACAUUGCAUUACAUUUAUUAUAAUCAUAAAUUAUAAUUAAAAUAAUACUAUAAAUAAAUAUAUAGAUUAUAUAGUACUAAUAUAACUUUGUGAUUUUGUGUAGUAAUAUACAGUAGUGGGUAAAAAAAAAAAAACUAGUCGUAAUAAAAUGUUGAGGCUUAUAAAUAAAUACAGAAGCAGCAGCAGCUAUUCAUCAUCAAUUGUAUCGAAAUCCGAUUUGUUUAUUCGAUGUCGAUUUUUAACAAAUGAUUCAGCCAUUAUUCAGGCUGGAAAUGAAGAAGAGAUCCUUCCGAAAAUGCCGGAGUUCGACUACACUCCUCCGCCUUACGACGGACCCUCCGCCGCUGAGAUUCUUGACAAACGUCACCGUCACCUCAAUCCUUGCAUGUCCUAUUUUUACAGUAAACCUUUAUAUUUGGUAGAUGGAAAGAUGCAAUACCUGUUUGAUGAGAACGGACGUAGAUAUUUGGAUGCCUUUGGAGGUAUUGCGACUGUGAAUUGUGGCCACUGCCAUCCACUUGUCCUUGAACCCGUUUUUAACCAAGCAAAGAAAGUGCAACAUACCACUGCCUUGUACUUGAACAGACCUAGUGUCGAAUUUGCUGAAGCUCUUGCAUCCAAGUGUCCUGGGGAUCUUAAUGUUGUCUUCUUUACAAAUUCCGGGACAGAGGCUAAUGAGCUGGCUUUAAUGAUGGCUCGUUUGUACACUGGUUUUCAUGAUAUUAUCUCCCUUAGAAAUGGAUAUCAUGGGAAUGCAUCUACAACUAUGAGUGCAACUGGUCAACGCAAUUACAAAUUCAAUGUCGUACAGACUGGAAUGCAUCAUGCCUUGAAUCCAGACCCGUAUAGAGGAAUCUUUGGUUCAGAUGGACCCAAAUAUGCUAAAGAUGUUGACGAGAUCAUUACCUAUGGAACUUGUGGCCGUAUAGCUGGUUUUAUUGCAGAAGCAAUACAGGGAGUGGGUGGAAUAUAUGAGCUGGCACCUGGCUAUCUCCAAGCAGUCUACAGCAGUGUCCGAAAGGCAGGAGGGCUUUGUAUAGCAGAUGAAGUUCAAUCAGGUUUUGCACGAACAGGAAGCCAUUUUUGGGGAUUUGAGGCUCAGGGCGUUGUUCCUGAUAUUAUCACAAUGGCAAAGGGCAUUGCAAAUGGUCUUCCCCUUGGUGCAGUAGUAACAACCUCAGAGAUUGCAAAAAUAUUGACUUCUCAUGGUUAUCUUAAUACCUUUGGGGGUAAUCCUGUAAGUACGGCUAGCGGUUUAGCUGUUCUGAAUGUAAUAGAGAAAGAAAAGCUCCAGCAGAAUGCAUUAACCACCGGCACAUACCUAAAAAACCAACUGCUAGCUCUUAAGGAAAAACAUGCAAUAAUAGGAGAUGUGAGGGGAAGAGGGUUUCUACUUGGAGUGGAACUUGUUACAGAUAGACAGUUAAAGACUCCCGCAAGUCUUGAAACUUUGCAUGUAAUGGAGCAGAUGAAAGAUAUGGGAGUACUAAUUGGGAAAGGCGGACUUAAUGGGAACAUAUUCAGGAUCUCACCUCCGUUGUGUUUCACCAGAGAAGAUGCAGAUUUUCUCGUGGCUACAAUGGACUAUGUAAUGUCAAAGAUGUAAACCAUUUAGAAGUGGAAGCGGUAGAGAGGUAGGCGUAGCUUAGUAGGAAAACAAGAGCCGAUAAUGCAUUUACUACAUAAAAUGAUGUGUGAUGGCUAGUUUGUUUCUUUUUAAUUAUGGCUUGUUACUGUAACUUUAAAUAAGUUUAUUUUUACUUUCA